CUGCAUCCCCUGUGUCCGGUGCAUUCCUUACACCUGCGCCCAAUACACCUGCGCCCAAUACACCUGCGCUCAAUACACCUGCGCCCAAUACACCUGCGCCCGAUGUAUCUACACCUGUGUCCCCUCAAUCUGCACCUGUAAAAACACCUGAACCUGAUGCAGCAAAAGCCAAUCAAAAAAAUUCUACCAAACCAUUAAUUACAACGACUUUUAGUAGUACUAUGACUACAGUUAUUCCAGAACAUACUGAGGCGGUUACGACAACUGAUCCAAAUGGAAAUGUAGAGAUAGUAAACGCCGUCGUCCCAGCAAGCACUGUUGUGGCUGUUAAACAAGUAGUGUCUGCUGUUCCUGCCGACGAUCAAUCUAUGAGUUAUUCCUCGGCCAAUUUUAUCAAAUUUAAUGCCGGCUGGGGAGUAUGUUUAAGUUUAGGUCUUGGUUUUAUGAGUUUUAUAUUUGUUGCUUAA